AAAGAACUUGCAGAGCAGAGAUGGCAUCCAUGACCAUGACAGCCUCAUUCCUAGCUGGUUCAACCAUGGCGAAACAGCCUUUGACAACCCCGCGCAGAGGGCUCAUUGUGGCCAAGGCCUCAAGAACCACAGAGGGAGUCAACGUGGAGAUGAAGAACAAAGAAGAGAGUAGCAGUGGGAGGAGGGAUUUGAUGUUUGCAGCUGCAGCUGCUGCGGCCUACUCCAUUGCCAGAGUCGCCAUCGCUGAUGAAGAACCUGAGCGAGGGACCCCAGAAGCUAAGAAGAAGUAUGCUCCUAUUUGUGUCACAAUGCCAACUGCUCGCAUCUGCCGCAAGUGACAAUUUGAUGUUUUAUUUUAUGCUCGUUGAUGUUUGGAUUAUGAAUGUAAUGUAAAAGUCGCACUCACUUGUAUGCUUUUAUUGGAGAAGUCUCCUCCUUUCAAACCUCCUCUUCUCCAUCUAUGUUUCAUUUUAUAGAACCCAAUUCCUCA